AUGCAGUUCAGCAUUACUGUCGACAACCCCGACGAGGACAUCUGCGUGUUCCAGGAUGCACCUGGCGUGGUCUGCGGCCAGGUGAAUAUCUACACGAGGAAAAAGGCAGAGCUCCGGGAAGUGGAUAUCCGACUCAUCUGCGAUGAGCUGAUUGACAUGUUUGGUAGCGAGUCGGGGAACGGGCUGUACACCAACCUGCAAAAGACAACCAAGACUAUCAACAGCUGGGUCGUCCUCCCCGAGCGGCCCAAGGCGCAUGUGCUCGAGGAAGGAACACACCAGUAUGCGUUCGAGGUUGGUCUGCCAGCCGGUCUUGACGCAACCAUCACAAUGCGGUCGUACAAGCUGGAGUACUUUUUGGAGGCACGCUUAAAGCACUCGUCGUUCUUUAAGCCCAACGAGGUCGUCCGCAUUCCUAUCGUGCUGACCCAGAUUCCCAUGUCUCAGAACCUGCACAAUGACGACGCUGCGUCGCUCGAAAUCAGCCCUGUCCCUAACGACUGCCCGCUGAGCAUGCUCCGGCCGUGCGAUGUGCCUAUCGGCUCCACCCCGGUUGUUGAGUUUGAGACACUGCCUAUCGACCAGAACUUUAGGUUCACUCGCGUUACGCUGGCUUUGGAGGAGGUUGUCCUGAUGGCACGCCCACAGCGGAAUGCGGUGUCAAAGUCGAUCAAUGUCACUGAGACGCACAUCUCGAGCCCAGACCGGCGCCCGAGUGGCUCCAGGAAACGGCGCAGCACACUGGCAACGCUUGGCAGUGGAGGCAGCAGUGUCAGCAACAGAAGCAGCACAAUGGUCAACAGCGAGGGACUAGUGGGGGCAGGGCCACAAAGCGUGCGGCGCCAGUCAAAUGCUGCAGCCGAGGAAAACAAAUCGGUAUUCCAGCUGCACGUCGCACACCCGCUGGUCAGGUCAAAGGGCAACAAACUUGUUGGCGGCAGCACAAUCUGUAAGGUGCGCGACUUGGUUGCCACGCCAAUCUCGCUGCCCUCGACAGCGAUUUCGACGCUGCAACGCAUCUGGAUAUCCCGCAAUUCGCACAUCCAGGUCCACCACCAGCUCUCGUACACACUCGAGUUCCAAAAGGUCAGCAAUAUCCCCGCCGCACAGCAGGAUCCUGUUACCAACAGCUCGCACCCUCGUGUCUUGGCAGUCUCGGAGAUGUACCGCAGCAUUGGCAAAUCGCAUAUUAUUCGGCGCGAUGACCUCCCUGACCCCUCGGGGUUGCCGAUUUCCGACGACCUCCUGUCCAAGCCCCGCAACAAGCUGGUUGACUUGUGGGAAAUCGCGCCACGCAGCACCGAGGACGAGCCUGCUGAACGUAGCAUCUCCAUGACCACUAUGGCGCCAACAGAGGCUCCCUUCCCGGUAUUGUCGAAGCCUGCGCCAGUAGAGCCGACCAUGAGCUUCCCGCUGCCCUACAGCGACAGUGGGGCUCUAGCAAGCCCUGCAGUGCUUUCGCAUCAGCCCUCAAUGCCAGCACUCAACCCACAGUUUGCGAGCAGCUCUUCAUAUGUGUCACCGCUACCGCAGCCACUGCCGAUCCAUGAAGCUCCUACUAUAAGCACAGUGCAGAGCCACAACUCAUCCUACCCGGCACGAGUUGUCACCCCUACCAGUGCGGCGGUGACCCAGGUAGAUCCUGUACCUGCUAGCCCGGUUGCGCAAGAGUCUGCACAACCAGGCCUGCUACAGUCAGCACAGACAGUGUCGAUGCCGGUACCAGUGCAAAACCAGGUGCGUGCUGCUUCUCCUAUCGGCGGCUUCCACCUCUCGGCUGGAUUCCCUGGUCCAGCACAGCUUGCGGCAAUGGGGUCUGCCGGAAUGAGCCCAUCAGGCAACCCAAUGUUUGGUCUCCAGCUCGGACAUCCGCCGUUCAUGCAACCUAUGACCAUCUCGAUGUUCAACCCGAUGAUGGGCAACAUGUUUAGUCCGAUGCAGAUCCAGCAGCAGAUACUGAUGUUCCAGGAGCAGCAGCGCAUGCAGCAGCAAAUGUUCUUCCAGCAAAUCGCAGAGCAGUAUUCCAUGUUCAUGCAACACCCGAUGAUGCAGCCACCGACCAGGGAUACAGGAUACCAGGGAUACCAGGAGUACCAGGAGUGCCAGGAGUGCCAGGGAUGCCAGGAAUACCAGGAGUGCCAGGGAUGCCAGGAAUACCAGGAGUGCAGGAGUGCCAGGGUGCCACUAGCACCCCUGUCAGGCGGUAUGCCAGGCAGCCCACGCACGCCUUCAGCAUUUGACUCAGCCGUGGUCACACCCCAGCCAACCACCCAAGAUGUACAGCCUAAUGCUGCCCCAGUCGACACCGAGCCAUCGGAUAUGGCCACCAUCAGCCCCACUGGUUCUGCUAAUGCCCCUACGACGGCACCUGUGACAGCGACAUCUACUGCCAUGGCCGCUGGUGCUGCACCUGUCGAGCCCCAGCAGGCGGAACCACAGGCGAUUCGAGAACGCAUCGCCACCAGCCAUCAUCUCAACGAAAUCAUGGAUGUUCCCAUCGACUACAGCUCGCCCCCGCCCGACUACGAGGAGUUUGCAAUGCCACCGCCGUAUGACCACCAGUCAAGCGUCGGAGGACGACGCUAG